AUGGCUGCCACCUCAGUGACGAUCGAGUUAAGCACAUUUGUUGCUCGGCAACAUGUGUCGUCAGUUAACCUCGGCACAUACGAGCUGCUUCCGCUCGGUCCUCGUCAGAUUCGGCUUCUCGAUAUUCCCGCACCAGAAAGACAACAGACGGACUCUCUACAAGCCAGCCUGCGGGUGGUGAGCUUGGAUGAACAUCCGUACUACGUGGCGCUCUCAUACGUAUGGGGCGCCCCCGCCGUCCCACUGCCUGGUGCCGACAACACUGGCGAGCAAAAUGAGUCGGUGGCCAUUGCGGUCACGCCUAACUGCCUGCUGGCAAUGCGAACCUUGAGCCAGGCGCUGGGCGGCAUGGCUGGGGUCUGGGUGGAUUCCAUCUGCAUCAACCAAAGUGACGAGGUGGAAAAGUUCAGCCAGAUAGCUCUGAUGGGCGAGAUUUACUCAAUGGCGGAUACGGUGCACAUCUGGCUCGGCGACAGUGGCCCCGGAACCGACCAGGCCGUCGAUACUUUCUUCCGAAUCGCCGGCUCCCAACAGGCCCUUAGGCCCGACCCGGAGAGCGUGCUCGGGGUGACGCAACAUCCCCAUCUUCCGCCCGAAACCUGCCGCGGGGUGAUCGACAUCAUUUCUCGCGAGUGGCUCUUCCGGAUCUGGACCUUGCAGGAACUCGUGCUGAGCCAGAACCCCAUUCUGUGGUGCGGAAAA